AUGGCGGGUGAUUCUGUUAAGCCGCCGCCUGGCUUGAUGUGCACUUACACAGGUGAAAAGGAUGACCCGCUGCGUCAUUGUCCCGACGAUUUACCUGAUGACAUGGUUGAAGCCAUGACCCAAUCUCUUUUGAAAGAGGGCACAGUGGUGAGUAACACCUUCGGCUUACUUCCAUUCUGCAAGAAUAACCCGGCUCCUGCAGCAAAUGCCAAUUUCUGGAAGGCAGCCAUGAGUCAAUUUGAGGCGGAGAUCUCUGACUUGAAGAGCCGGCUGGAAGCUCAAGAGGCUGAAACCCAAAAGGCCAAUUCCAAAUUUGAGUUCAGCGUUUCUGAACAAGAAAAUUUGAAGAAGAGCUUUGAAGUAGACAAGAAGGCAUGGGCUGAUGAAAAGGUCGUGGUGGUGGUAUAUAUAAGCACUCGUCAGGCACAACCGCACAAGGAUCCACCACCCGCAACAAAAGAAAAGAAAAGAAACAACGAUGGCCGUCUCUCGCUGCUCAUCCUUCUGCUGCCGCUCCUCCUCUUCCUCUGCACCCUCCCGCCGCUCACCUCCGCCUGCGACCGCUGCGUGCACCGCACCAGAGCCGCCUACUACGCCUCGUCUCUCACCCUCGCCGCCGGUUGCUGCGGGUACGGCGCGGCGGCCGCGUCCCUCAACGGCGACCUGCUCGCCGGGGCCGGCCCGGCCCUGUACAGACAAGGCGUCGGCUGCGGCGCGUGCUUCCAGGUGCGGUGCAAGGACGAGGAGCUCUGCGCUACCGCCGGCGUGAAGGUCGUCGUCACCGACCGCGCCAGGACGAAGACGAACGACACCGACCUCGUGCUGAGCAGCCCGGCGUUCGCUGCCAUGGCCCGCCCCGGCAUGGCUGGGCGGCUCGCCAAGCUCGGCGCCGUCGACGUCGAGUACAAGAGGGUGCCGUGCGUGUACGAGGGCAAGAACCUCUCGCUGCGGGUGGAUGAGCGGAGCCGCGCGCCCAGCGAGCUCGCCAUCACGAUCCUCUACCAGGGCGGCCAGACCGACAUCGUCGAGGUCGACGUCGCGCAGGUCGGUUCGUCGUCGAGCUGGACGUCCCUGACACGAGACCACGGGCCGGCGUGGAGCACGAGCGAGGCGCCACCGGGGCCACUGCAGCUGAGGGCGGUGGUGACCAGCGGGUUCGACGGGGCAUGGGUCUAUGCCGAACAUGAAGUCCUGCCGAGCCAGUGGCACGCCGGCGAGGUCUACGACACCGGCGUCCAGAUCACCGCCAUCGCCCAAGAAGCCUGCCUCCCCUGCGACACGCAGGAGUGGAAGUGACGCCUGACGAGGCAAGCAAACCACGCCGAUCUGCCAGGGGGCUCCAGCAAAGUACCACGUACAAAAUACUACAAAUAAAGAUAUGUAGGAACAAUGAAGUGAAGUGAUAAUGAGUAGAUGACGGCUAGGCUCGAACAAAAUACUA